UUACAACUUGUAGUAUAUAAUAACUUGUAUUAUAUGCAACGUAACACUUAGACAAAUGACAAAAUAGUUAAAUCGACAAGAAAUACAAUUUUAUUUAACAUAUUAUACUUGUGAUUUAGUUAGGAGAUACUGUGCAUUUUAAACGGAAGGACUUUUUGACAUUUUUCAAUUUGAUAGCAGUUGUAAAUAUUGCACUAUGGAUUACAUUAUGAAAUUUAUCAUUUUAUUUAUGCAAAUAGUUUUCGCGGUAUCUCAAGAAGACAGCUUGAAAGCAAUUGAAUACUACUGUGGAAACAAGCCAGCCGACGUCGUAUUUCUACUGGACUCGUCUAACAGUAUAUGGGGACCAGACUUUCGAAAACAAAUCGACUUCGUCGAAAGCAUAACUGAUAUGUUUACAAUUGGUAAAAACAUAACGAGAGUAGGCGUUAUAAGCUACAGUCAUGAUAUAAGAGUAGACAUUGAUUUGGACGAAUAUUACAACAAAAAAGAAUUAUUUAAAGCCAUUCAAGAUAUAGACCAGUACCAUGGAUACAAAACAAACACAAAGAAGGCGAUCCAGUACGCUAGAAAACACAUGUUUGGCCACGACGUGAACAAACGAGACAAAGAUACAGUCGCUAGGAUCAUCGUUGUCUUGACCGAUGGUCAAUCCAGUAACAUGUUAAUGACAGUAUGGGAGUCCAUUAAAGCCAAAAAUGCGGGCAUACGGAUGAUUUCCGUUGGAGUUGGUCCAAAGAUCAACAUCCGGGAACUGAAUAUGAUUGCCAGUAGUCCACCGUCAGAACACAUGUUCUUAGUCAACAGUUUUGGAACAUUGAACACAAUUAAACAGGUGCUGGCGAUCCAAACUUGUAAAGUAACACCGAAAACAACAACGUCAACGACACCUGUUCCGACAACCACUACAACUACACCUACUACGACGACGACAGAACCGACGACAACAACAACACCAACAACUACAACUACACUUCCGACCACUACGACAGAGUCAUUGUAUGCUGCUGCCAGAAGAAUUUGCUUCGCUGAUGGUGUUACCGAUAUUGUCUUUGCUUUCGAUUCUUCAAACAAUGUUCGACCAAACGAAUUUAAAAAACAGCUUGAAUUUGCCAAACGUAUCAUGCACAAUUUUGUCAUUGGUCAAAAUAAAUCAAGAAUAGGAGCCAUUUUAUACAGUGACCAAGUUCAACAAUUAAUUGAUUUACCACAAUACGAAACUCGUGAAGGACUUAGCUUUGCUUUGGAUCGAGUUGAAAAAUCCGCAGGUGGUACUCGAAUGGAUGAAGCCAUUCGAUACAUCAGGACAAAGUCGUUCCGAAGAAGCGUCUCAAGACGUCACGCAGCUCAAGUUGCUAUCAUUAUCACAGCAAGCCCCUCCUCCUCGUUACAUAGUACAAAGAAGCAGGCAGCCGAAGCUAGAAGGGCGGGAAUCACAUUGAUACCAAUAGGAAUUGGUGAUGUAAAUAUCGAGGAACUCCGAGCGAUUGCAGGUACAACAGACGACAGCUAUCAGCAUAUCUUACCUACGUUCGAUGACUUGGAUUUUGUUCUUCCAAAAGUCGCCAUUAACACAUGCGAAGUUACUGAGCCAGCAAUUACAGUUUCGGAUAUGUCAUGUGGAUCAAGACAAGAGGCUGACUUGAUGUUCCUUCUAGAUAGUGUAAACGCUGGUAAAAAGAACACAAAGAAAGCCUUAGCAUUUGUACAGGAUCUUGUAAAUGAUUUAGAUGUCGACAAGGAUAAAAUUCAAAUAGGCGUUAUGGCAGAAGACGCAUGCGCAGUUCACACAAAAGGUGAAACCGGAUUCAAACUAGGAUCUAAGAAAACAAAAGAAGACGCGGUGGAAGCACUCGCAGACGAAGGUAGUGCCGACUUUGGAAGUAUGCUAAAAAGGAUGCGCAGAGGUGCUUUUAGUCAUAGGCAUGGAGGCAGACGGGAUGCGAGAAAAAUAGCAAUUUUGAUCAUUGAUGGUAAUUUGGAUGAUCCCUUGAAAGCACUUUCGGAAGCACAAAGAGCUCGACUUCAUGGUAUUGAGGUUUACGUGAUACAAGUUGGGGAUGACCAACCACAAGAAGAGCUAAUGAUGAUGUCGGACUCGCCUUAUGGUGGAGUCAAGAAUUUCUUUAAAGUUAGCAACUAUAACGAACUCAGAUCGUUAAAGAAGAAUAUUUGGGAUUCUUUGUGCGAUGAAUUGUAGAAACCAUGACGUAUAUUUCCAGGGACCAAUUGAUCAGAAUGAUUGCUUAUGUCUACGUAAGAAUGAAAAAAGUGAAUGUGAUAAACUGUCAGACAGAAUUCGUUUUUAUAAAUCGUAUUUAUGACAUUAUAUGGAUGUGGAGAAGUAUGCGUUGUGGACAAACAAUCCCGUUCGAAAGAAAUUGAUGAGAGAAUAAUUGAAGUAGCCUUAAAACACAAGUGUGAAUGAACGUUAAACGUUCGAGUGACGUUGAGCAUUACUUAAGAAAAACGUUCAAGUGACCUUGAGCAUAACUUAAGAAAAACGUUCAAGUGACACUGAACAAUAAUGAACGUGAAACGUUCACGUGACCUUGAAGGUGUUUUCUGAAACAUAGACUCAGAUGUACAUGUUUACUCAGGGAGUUAGUGCUCAUGUAGAUGAACUUGAUAUGCCAGUUAUUGUUUUUUAAUUACGAUUAUGUCUUUCAUAUUACUUUAAAAGUUAUGUCUUUGUAAAUAUUCAUUAUGUACCAUGUAAAUUGUACCAUUGAUCAUAACACAUUGAAAACUUAUAUGCUACUUGCAUUUCAUAAUCAUUUUCGCGAAGUUUUUGGAAAUCUCGUCACCAAGCGAGAUUUUGCGAGAAAUAUGUUUAUUGCUUUGAGUCUUGUUCCCUGUUUUAUGAUGGCAAUAUACAUAUAGAAUCCAUUGGGGUUAUGCGUAAUUAGCGUAUUUCGGAUGCAAUGGACCGUCUUCUUCUUGCACCAAGAAUGCUAUUUAGUCAUGUAAACAUGUACAGAUUAGAUCAAGUUGAUAAUUUUACUUCUUUUCAAAUGGCAAUAUCUGUUUUGUAUUAAAACAAAGUAUCUGUUAUUAGAUAUAUCAAUAUUCUCCUUUACCGAAACAGGAUUUGUUUUAAGGGAGGUGCUCCUGAGAAUUAGGCGUACCAUAUUUUGACAAAAAAGACUGUUUUACUCGUCUGAUUCAUACAUAUUGUUAUAUUUAAAGAAGUAAUUUUAUUGAUGAUGGGGUAGAUGACACCUGGAGAGGAUCCGAGAGGGGAAUAUAGAUCUCAUGAUAUAUGCUUCAAGUAUGUGAUACUAACCUAGACGUUUAGCUUUACUAUUUUACAAAUAUAUUUAUUGUAUACACCAGUAAAUUAACAAUGAACUUUUAUGAUCGUUCUAUCUUGACAGAAUCUAUGAUUGUCUAUCCGAAUAUAAAUUUAUAAAUGACUAUAAUUUACUGAUGUAAAAUUUAUGCAAAUUUACAUGCAUUCAAAUGGAUAUACAGUUGAAGACGGGUUUGUUAUCUUCUCGAAAAGAGUCAGUCGUUUUGAUUACAUAAGUAAAAACACCUCUUUUGAUGAAACAUACAUUACUUCAGAAAAUAUGAAAACCCUGUCUAGUCAAGAUGAAAAGAUUCAUGCUGUUGUUGUUAUUCUACUGGUGAAUGUUUUGUAUAUUUAAUACUAUGUCGUUAUAAUAUAUGUACCAUUUUUAUAUGUUGACAAAAUAAAGUUAUACAAUCGCUUA